AUGCAACCAUCUACACCGCAAGAUCUGGUUCAGCAGUACGGCGGAGGUCACACUGGAGGAUGGGUCGAUCUCCUCCCAUCUUCAUGGAUUCCUUAUGUGCAAUUGGCACGCCUCAGUCCGCCUAUCGGCAUCUCUCUAAUUUAUUUGCCACACAUAUUUGGGACAAUACUUGCCGGCACUCUUCAACGCGCACCAGUCCUUGAGGUUUUGAAGGUGUCUUUAUUGCUUCUAGGGGGGAGUUUCUUCUUCUCCAAUGCAGCACAUGGCUGGAACGACAUCGUCGACGCAGAGGUCGACAAAAAGGUCGCUCGCACCAGAACACGUCCUAUUCCUAGGGGUGCAAUGUCAAAACAAGCUGCCUUUAUGUUCGCUACAACUCAGGCUAUUGGCGCAGCUGCAUUUUUGUUAGUUUUGCCACCCAAGACGGCGUUGUAUGCAGCCAUAAAUAUUCCCGCUACACUCUAUUAUCCUUACGCCAAGCGACAUACGAACAUGGUGCAAAUGAUUCUCGGAUUUUGCCUUGCCUGGGGUGUUAUGAUCGGCAUAGCAGCCAUGGGCCUCGAUCCCAUUUUCGGUGCCGACAAGUCUCCGAUAUUCCUAUUUUUGGGCUGUGUGGCCUGGACUACUAUCUACGAUACAAUAUACGCCCACCAGGAUGUGGAGGAUGAUCUGAAGAUAGGAGUCAAAAGCACCGCUGUCUUCUUUGGGCAACAGACAAAGCCGUUCCUAUGGCUAGUCCUCGGAUUCAUGCUUGUCUCACUUAUUGGAUGUGGAUAUACCGCAGGUUUGGGAUUGCUGUAUCAUAUGAUCGCUGUUAUUGGCACGGCGGUUUCUAUGGGCCUCAUGAUCAGAAAUGUGGAUUUGAGAAGCUCAUCCAGUUGUUGGUUAGCAUUUAGAAAUGGAUUCUGGCUCCCUGGAGGAUUUCUGAUGGGAGGGUUGCUCUGUGAGUACAUCAAGGGAUGA